UUGAGGUGUAAACUAAAAAAUUAAACUGUGCUAAUGGGGGGUUUGUGAACUGUGAUGGUUACUUAUAGUUGUUUCUUUCUUUCUGCCACACCUAAAAAAUAGUGGAGAAUCCACCCUCAAGAUUUGUUGAACUUUGAAGCCUCUCUCUCAACAGAAACUAUAAAAAACAAAGGAAAAGAAGCCUAGAAAGCCGGCAUGGCGUCGUCGAAGUUUGUCUCGACGAAUCCGGAUCUGCCACGCGAAUCUUCUAUAUCUUCCCUCACUACCCUUCUCUCCGAUCUCCAACCUAACACCAUGGACGACCUUCUCAAGUCCAUAUACACUCCUCAUCCUCAACCACCACCUUCAAAGGACACCCCCACCACCUCCUCCUCCGCCGCCGCCACCAAGACCGUCGACGACGUUUGGAAGGAGAUCGUCUCCGGCGGCAGCCACCCUCAAAGGGGUGCGGAUAGUGGUGGUGAUGAUGAUGAUGAUGGAGGAGAUGGUGGUGGUGGUGAGGGCUUGGAGGAGAUGACCCUUGAAGAUUUCUUAACCAAGGCUGGUGCUGUUAGAGAAGAAGAUAUUAGAGGGGUUGUUCCUUCUGUUAUUAAUGAGGGUUCUUCUUCUGUUGAGGCUUUUGGAAAUGGAAAUGGGAUUGGAGCAUCAUCAGCAUCAGCUUCAGUUGGAAAAGGAAAAAGAAGGGCUGUGGAGGAACCUGUUGAUAAAGCCACUCUUCAGAAACAGAGAAGAAUGAUCAAGAAUAGAGAGUCUGCCGCCAGGUCCAGGGAACGCAAGCAGGCUUACACAUCUGAGCUUGAGUAUCUGGUUCAGCAGUUGGAGCAAGAGAAUACGCGAUUAAUAAAUGAAGAGGCUGAUAAGAAAAGGCAGAGGUUAAAGCAGCUCAAAGAGUUCCUCAUUCCAAUUGAGGAGAAGCCUAAACAGAAACUAAGGCUUCAGAGAACAAAUUCAGUCCAAUCAUUAUAACCUGUUUGUCAUAAACAGACUAGGUUUUGUGGCAUGGUGUAGAUAUAAGGGGGGAAUAUGAAAAAAAGAGAGGAAAGUGUUUCAGAGUUUA